AUGGUGCCUCUGGAACAGCAGCAAGCACAUCCCCCCAAUGGCACCACGUAUCCAAAUCCUUUGCCAACACCUUCAAAUGGCGACACGCGCCAAGCAUUACAAGAUGGACCUCAGGACCAUCGACACCAAGCAUCACAGCCAGCUCGAUCGUAUUCCUCAGGAUCGCAACCAAAAGAGUUGUAUGCCAUGGGUGCUCCACUUGAGCAGCAAGCGAGCCCAGGCCUAAGUACGGAUUCAACGCAGCAGCCAACACCACCAGUGACAUCAGCAACAUUAGCAAUAUCAGCAACGCCGUGCGUCCAAGCACCACAACCAGAAAGAUCGCUCGCCACGGGGACUCCGUGUCAGCAGGCUGAACCUCACAAAAGUAUGCGCUAUCAGCCACAAGCCUCAGGGGUGUACAGUAUGGUGUCCUCGGGACCCCAAUCGUCGGGAAAAUUCAAUGUGUCGUCUCCAGGACCGCAAUUACCAAGACCGUAUAAUAUGAUGCCUCUAGAAUCCCAAUCAUCAAGCACAUAUGCUAUGGUGCUUCAAGAAUGGCAGCAGCAGCGAGCACACAGCAUGGUACCAUCGUCAUCCAUUUCACGAAAUGCUUCGCUGCACAAACCACAUCAAGCACAUCAGGACCCCGUUCCACCGCCACUAUCGAUAUCAUCAUCGUUUCAGCCGGUGCUGGAGCAGCGAGGAUAUUCUUCUUUCAAAAGCGUACUGGAGACAAAUGUGCAAAGAAGAAACGGAUGUGCUGAAAUCACACCACAGCUGCAGCGGACAUCAACACCUGAUGGUACCGAGUCUCCAUCGCUCCAGCCAGCAGGACCGAACGAAGCAGAACCGGACGAGACUUCCGCAGCAACGCAGCAGAGAGUUGAGGAGCAACAAGCCCUUCAACAAAGACAAUCAAUGGGCGCUAUUGCUGAAACAUCCAAUUACAAUAAGGAGCCGGAGGAAGAGCACGUUGAGAAGCUGAAAGAAGAGCAGACUGACGGACAGGAGGAAGAGCUGUUUCUGGAUGGUAGAGAAUCUUUAGUGUCCUCGGGGAAUCCGAGUGACAUUGUUCCUCCAGAGCCUCAGUAUAGCGAAGGACAGGAACCAGGACUGCAGUUGGAUAUGGUCGGAUCAUGUUUAUCGUCGGAGACACAGAGCGAUACUAUUCCUCCAGUAUCUCAGCACAUCGAUGGGCCGGUAUCAGAACCAGCGCUAAAUGCCGGCGAACCAUCGUCGUUGGAUGACAUCCUUUUUUCAGUACAUCAGGAUGCUGUGGGACCUGAACCAGAGCCGUUGCUGGAUGCAAAUGAAGCAUCCUCGUCACCGUGGAGCUCGGACGCCAUCGUCCCUCAAGUGCGCCAGCGCACUGAGGAGCCCAUGGACCAAGCCGAAUCUUCGUCACCGGAUACUGCGAAUCAACGAGAGGAUAGCACAAACAAUGUCCCACUCACCGAGUUUUUGUCAACUAAGGAUUAUCCAAACAGGAAACGCACUCGUUUUGAUGAUUUGGAUGAACGCACGAACGCGGGUUCAAACGGAUGCGGAGGCCCAUACCCCAACACACGCGCAGACUCGGACUCUGGCCCACAUGACGACCCAGACUCUGGCCCAUAUGGCGACCCAGACUCUGGCCCAUGUGGCGACCCAGACUCUGAAGCAUGCAGAGGCUCAGACGGAUCCAGAGCUGCAACCAGAGUCGCAAUCUGCAAUGAGGGCGAAGACACAAGUGCGGGCAGAGGAGCAGGAACAGGGGCAGGAAGAUUCAAAUUCGUGGGAUUCGCAACGGAUCCUGCAAGGUCUGCAGGCGACUCAAGCCAAGCAAUUGAAGUUGCAAAAACGACAGAUUAA